AUGGCACACCCCAUUCUGUCCCUCUGGCUGCUAGUGAGCUGGCUAGAUCCCCACACCUGUGAGGCAUCAACACCAGUGACUCUUCGGGCACCCUCCUUCAUCUUCAACAACUCCCAAUUUGCCUUCAGCCUCUACAGACAGUUGGCAGUACCCAAACGGGGCAGGAACGUCCUCUUUUCUCCAUUCAGCAUUGCCGUGCCCCUCACGCUGCUGGCCCUCCAGGCCAAGCCAGAAUCCUCCUACCAGAUUCUUCAGGAUCUGGGGUUCAGCACGAGGGAAGACGUAAACACCCAAGCACCCACACACUAUGGGCAGCUGCUGGGUGCCCUCCUGCCGCAUCCUGGGGAGUGCGGGGUAGAUACCGGAAGCUUGCUGUUUAUGGACAAGAGGUUAAACCCGGUACAGAAGUUUGUCUCACUAGCCCAGAGCUUGUACCGCACCGAUGUCUUCCUCAUCGCCUUAGGGAACUCCGAGAUGGCCAUGGAUCAGAUAGACUCGGCCAUGCGUGACAGGACCCACGGCAAAAUUCAGAAGCUUUUGAAGGAGCUGGAGCCCCAUUCCACCUUGAUUCUGGCCAAUUAUAUUUUCUUUAAAGGGAAAUGGAAACACUGUUUUGACCCAAAGCUCACUGAGAUGAGGCCUUUCUCAUUGCGUGAGGGGGUCACGGUCCUGGUUCCCAUGAUGCAGCGAGUGGGCUGGUUCCAACUGCAGCAUUUUCCUCCCCUGCACAGUCAUGUCCUCCGGCUGCCCUAUAGCUGCAACAUCUCUGCCAUCUUCAUUCUUCCAGACCUGGGGAGAAGCCAGGAGUGCGAAGAAGCACUGGUGGGGGAGAGUUUUGACACGUGGAUUCAGCCCUUACCACUGAGUAUUCAGUUGGACCAGCUCAAGCAUCCAGCAGGCAGCCUAAAUUUGUUCGGUCGCCAUGUGGGCCUCUUUGGAAUCACUCUGCAAGUCACACCCUUGAGGGUCUCCAAGACUCACUCAGGGAGUACCAAUGGGUCCCCACAGUGCUCUAUGAAGUCAAAGGAAACGGUGAAUAACAAUGCCAGCACUGUCCUGGGUAUGGCUGUGUUUCCGAGAUAG